CUGCAUGUACUGCGCAGUUGCGUCGCGUGAAAUGUCCAGAGAAAUGGAGGUGCAAACUCCCAAAACCGCGCCUAGAAAUUCAUUCCCCCAAAAUUACGUGCCUACCGCAGCUACAACUCGACCUCACCUCACGUCACCUUAUGGAUUACCGAAUAUAGUUUUCCGCUUUGCCAAAACCUCGACAACGACAACAAUAAUAAACGUACCUAACGGUAUAUUACCCAACUUAUUUUAGGUGUUGAAAAAUUAAUCAAACUUUACUUUGCCCAUCGCCAUGAAAUAUCUCGUUUUGUCUGUGCCCAUGUUUAACUUCCCUUAACCCUAAUUCUAUCUCUGCCCUUUCUUUCACUCGUCCCUCGACUACUACCCUAACCGACUACGUCGACCACACCGUCCUGCUCCCAUUUGAAUAUAUUCCGAACUCGCUUAAACAUCCGGUAGACCCCCUUUGUAUUUUUCAGCUGCAUGAGUUUCGGUCGUGCAUAGAACGGUAUAUUUGUCGUCAUGGUUUCAUCAAGGAAGCGCGCCUUGCGCGACACCGAACCGGAAGCCAACGCCCAAGAGCCUCCCCAGAAGCCUCACCAGGAGCCAUCUUUACUUCAUCGCAUUAGAAAUACUUGGCAAUUUGCCAACUUGUUCCAAUGGAUUUACCUAUUCGGCAAGGUCGUGAAGAUAGACGAUAAUCUCGAGAUAGAUGAUUUGGAAGCCGAGCUUUUAAAACCUCGUUCAACUGUUCUAGUCGACAUUGGGCUUGCCCUACUCAAGUUUGUAUCAUCGCAUCGUGGCUUGACGCCGGACCUCUUUGACGAAUAUACACGACGACAGUAUAUUGCCAAAGCCCCCGAUCGAAAUCCUUUCGGUACGGCGGACACACCCGCCAAAUUUGACGACUUCGAUGCUUUGACAAAGAUUAAAGUAUUGCAGCAGCUUACCCAAUGGGUAAUGUUGCAUCCCGAAAGAAUCCGGGAGAAGAUGGAUGAACAGAAGCCGAGUGAUCAAACCGAAUGGAGAAUUGAGCCCUCGGGCUGGGAUAGUGACGACCGCAUCUAUUAUAUACUAGACGAUAACCGAAUAUACCGUAUGACAGAAGCUCCACCAACCCCUACGCCCUGGAAACCCAAAAAGAAUACCAAAAAAGCCAAAGCAGCAGCAAGAGCUGCCAAGCGACGCCGCACAUCAAGGUCCGCAGCUCACGAUGGCGGUGAUGGCGAUGAUGGCUCUGCUUCCGACGCGGAUCAGCCUGCUGAGCCGGAGGAUGACGGCCUUGGGGGUGCGAAGUGGGAAUGCAUUGCAGCGAGUCUUGCAGAAGUGCAAGAAUUCCUCAGUACCAUUCGGAAGACCCGCGAUGAUAAUGAAAAGGUUUUAAGGAACACUAUUGAGAAACAUCUUCUGCCUAUCUUAGAGAAGCAAGAGGAAUCCCGGAAACGGAAAGCUCUACAGAGGGAGAAAGAGCUUCUCAAUCUCCAAAAGAUGGCUCAUGCCAAACGUUCGAGCCGACUUGCUAAUAAAGCUGAGCAACAACGAUUAGAGCAGCAGGCUAGAGAAGAGGAACAGAAACGGCGAGCAGAAGAGGUGGCUGCUCGAAAGGAGCAGCAGAAGCGUAUGAAAAUAGAGAAGGAACGCGAUAACCGUAUGAUGUCAAGAGAGCAACGAUUUCGAGAACGGGAGGCCCGGCGGCGACAACACGAAGAGGAACUAGCCCAGUUGUCUGAGGAUAGCAGAAACCUAAGCACUGGGACUGGUCGGUUGUCUGAGAGGCGGCUGAAAGCGGAAAUCGAGAAGAAUAGGCAAGCCCUGCAGGAGCUUGAAGAGGAAGAGGAUGACUGGAUUUUCGACUGCAUAUGUGGUGUUUACGGCCAGGUUGAUGAUGGCACACACAGUAUUGCCUGUGAAAGAUGCAACGUCUGGCAGCACAGCAAGUGUGUUGGCAUUAGUGAGGAAGAGGCCGAUCGUGACGAUUUUCAUUUCAUAUGCAAGAGCUGUCGCCAAAAGAGUUCAACGCCUAAAUCCGCCACAGUUAUCAAACUGAAGGCUAAUCAACCCGAUGCUUCAUCUCCAGCUCCUACUGCAAGGUCGGAGGGGUCGCCUACCCCAGACCGUGCUCGACUCACCCAACGCCCUGGCAUUGCAGUUGAAAUACCAGCAAGGCUUAACAACGCACAGCUCGCCGCCACCCAGCCAGUGAUUCCCAUAAAGCAGGCAGGCCAGCCCAACGUCCCACCUCCAUCUUCACCGUUCACCAACGGCGACGGGCUUCAUCCGUUCUCUUCGCCACACCCAAAUUUAUCACCACCGGAGCAAUCGCCCAAUAAGGCAAGAGCCUAUUCAACCAUGUUUAAUGCGUCAUCGCCAAUCUCCGGGAGUCGUUCUGGGGAUAUUAGAGUGCCGCAGAAAGGUGUAUUUCGCGUAUCAUCCAAAGCUAAUGGCAUAUCUCCCUCCGCACAGUCGAGCAACCUCUCACCUCAUGUGGAUGCGUCCGCACAUCCAUUAGCCUCCAAAUCUGACUCGCCUUCAAAGCAGCCUUUUGAUGCCGCAGGCAGCAGCUAUCCAGUUCUUUCUCCUCCAUCCGCAUCGUUUUCUGCCUUAACACACCCUUCAAGCAGUGAUAUCAACACCCAGCAAGCAGUACUCUCUACUCCACAGCUUAAGAAGUUUGACCACGCGGGAGCACGGCUUGACGUAACGCCUAGCCUACCACCAACCCAGAAUGGGAUCUCGCCCCUAAAACGGUCGCCGCCUCCACAUCAACAAUCGGGCAAUGGGCUAACGUCGACCCCAGCACAUUCGAUUCUCCCUCCGGUGACAGCCCUGUCUCCUUCGCCUUCACAACAAAUACUAACACCGCCCGUCAAAUCUUCGGAUCCCAUGCGGCCGGCAUCACAAACGCCAAGUGGCAUUAUUAGGGACGAAUAACCAGAAAUGUCUCAAGACGAUGGCUUAGUUGCCCAGCCGACCAGACCUUGACAGGUUAUCGAGAAUAGACUAUUAACAACUUAUUAUGUAGUCUGGGGAGUAGUCAUAUCUUCGGUGCACUUUCUUCGGCAGCACAGGCUUGAUUACCUCCUGGUUGAGAUAGGAUGAGGGUCUCAUGCAUCUAUCCAAUCCUAGCAUUGAUAUUGGGCUAUUUUCUUUGGCAUGUCGGUGCAAAGGCAAAUGAGCUCAGAUGCUCCUAUAAUGUCAACCUCUCUUACCUACGGGACGGGGAACGGAAUGCGUCCACAAACCUGUUGGGAGCAUGUAGGAAUAGAAGUUUCCGGUGGUUUUAGAUGAUGGAUGCAUUUUUAUGGCGUAUAAGACAGGCAAACCUGAAAUGUAAACUAUAAGGGAAACGUUACAAUACUAGUUUUUGCAUGCAUUGACGAUGCACAACAGACACUGACAGGGUUUUUUUUUAAAAAAAAAAUGAGGCGCAAUAUUUAGGAGACCACAUCAUCCAAUGAUUCAAAGAUGUUCACCUG